GUUGGCAACUUCCGCCUACGGAGAGAGACUGGAGCAUGUCCCCAUUGUACGGAGCUUGUUCCUGAAAGAAAGCAGUCUGUAAAGAUAAAUGUGUGGGGUUUUUUUCAAAGUAAGUUGCUGGAGUUUUAGCUCGGGAUGUUAUUGAAGUGCUGUGCGAAUCUUACGGAGAAGUAUUGGGUUGUUAAUGUAGAAAGAAGAGUCUAAACCAGAGGAGUCUGUUAGAUUCAGCCACCUUGCGGUCCUGCAGCUAAAAGCUAAAGCUACUUUCACAAAAGGACGUCAACAAGAGGCUUAGCAGCGCAGAACAGCGCUGCUUUUUACUGUUUCUGUGUAUUUAUUGUUGGAGAUUACACUAGUACAAGAUGAAUGGGUUUAGUACAGAGGAGGACAGCCACGAUGGACCGCCGGCUCCUCCGUUUUACGGCCAGAGCUGCUGUCUGAUCGAGGACGGAGAGCGCUGCGGCCGCUCCGCUGGAAACGCCUCCUUCAGUAAGAGGAUCCAGAAGAGCAUCUCUCAGAAGAAGCUCAAGCUGGACAUCGACAAGAGCGUGAGACACCUUUACAUCUGCGACUUCCAUAAGAACUUCAUCCAGAGUGUCCGCAACAAGAGGAAGAGGAAGACCAGUGACGAUGGAGGAGAGUCCCCGGAUCAUGAUGUGGAAGUGCCUGAGGUCGACCUUUUCCAGCUUCAGGUGAACACGUUGAGACGCUAUAAGCGACACUACAAGCUGCAGACCAGGCCCGGACUCAACAAGGCCCAGCUGGCAGAGACGGUGAGUCGCCACUUCAGGAAUAUCCCGGUGAACGAGAAGGAGACGCUGACCUACUUUAUUUACAUGGUGAAGAGCAGCAAGAGCCGCUUGGACCAGAAAGGCGACGUCGGUGGCGGCAAACCGCUGGACUAAAAGUUCAACCGCAGCAGCCGCAGUAGCUACACAACAAUAAUCCACGGCUAUUCACAGAACCUGGACACCACUAACGGCACCUACAAACCAAAACCAGCUCCUCCUGCUACCCCGCCACCGUCCCGCUCCUCCGUAAGACCAGAGCACAAACUCUUGUUGUCCUUAGAGGACGUUUAACUGAUAUGGAGGAGAAUUCAGGGUGGGAUGAGUUAUCUUUCGCUCAUUUUGACCCUCUUCACAUAUAAACAGUCUCUGCGCAUGUUGUCACGAUUUCCUCUUUCAUCUGCUCCACAAAAGCCAGGUCUCUAAAAGACUGUCGAGGACCAGGACUCACCUCCGCAGGGUUUUACGUCGUCAUGCUGUAAUGUAAACUGUCAAUAUGUACAAAAGAACAGCGUCCGAUCUUAAGUAAGUUGGUUGAAUGCAAUGUACAAUAUAGCUGCCUUAAAAGUCAAAAAAAAAAAAACAGGUUUCAGUAAUUUUGGGUAUUUUUUUUUUUUGCCGAGUUGACUGUUAACACGUUCACCGAGAGGAAUGCUUGUGCCAAACGGGGAAAGCUUGUUGGAACUGAAUGAUUUUUUUUAUCGUGAAUGAAUGAAUUGUUGGAAAAGGGGCGCUGCCUUUUGCUGAAGUUACGUCCAGCAUAUCGGGGUCAGUUUAGAAGUGUCACCAAAUUCACAUUCUCAAUAAUGUCUUGCAAAACAAGCUGAUCUCAGUCCUGAUAUUGAAUCUUUUUAGUCGCCCUUUUCCAACUGGACAUGAUGCGUUUGAAGACCGAUGGUGGUGAAUGAUGUAGCAUUUGGCUGUGGCCCACACUUCUCUUUCUUUAGCUCUUUUACGUGCGUAUGAACACACACUUACUUAUUAAUUUACUCUGUGCAUCGCAGGUGUUGGUAGCUCCAUUUUUGUCAUUUGUAACCCCAUUUUCUGCCCUUUCUCUUUAGUUCAGCCUUAAGUUGUGUCUGUGUGCAUAUAUGAUUUAGAUUCCUCCAUCCUGUGUGUGUGUGUGUGUGUGAUAGAGGUGUAAAAGUAAUUAUUAGCGUCAUUUUAAUAUUUAAGAGCAGUGUUUAAAGUGGACAACGUCUCAAGUCUUUAUUUGAUACUUUCCCUGUAUGUAUUUCAAGAAGCUGGGUUAAACCACAAAAGUACUUAUUUUUUUUCUUAAUCUUUUGAAUAAUUCAUCAAAUUAAAACAUGUGUAUGGAUGCCUUCUUUCCAUAUCGGCCAACAAAAAGUGCUUUUACAUUUGUAUGCCCAGUUGAAAUAAUCUUGUUGUAAAAGGUCCAACAUGAAUCUAAUUUGGCACUAAAUGUGGCAUCAAACCAUAACUGGAUUUGUUGUUUUUUUAUGAGUUUAUUAUGACCAUCUUGACUUCUUAAAUUGUUGCACUUGUAUGUAAAUGACUUUGCAUUUUGACGAUUUAUUGUUUUCAUUAUUAAGUACUUUUCAAGGAAUUGAUUCAUUUGUUUAGUUUGUGAGGUGAAUGAGAAAACAGAAUGAAGGAUGUCAUAAUUUGUGGAUUGUUUUUCAAAAGUUGUGAUGUGAAAUGUAACCCCGAAACAUUUGAUAUGAUGAAUCCAAGUUGAUUUAUACUCUUAAACGCACUUCUGAAACCUUCACACACAAUGCACAACUUUUGGUUUUGCAUCUUCUCAACACAACUUUUAAACUCUAAUUCUGUCUUCUUUUGUUUUCUCAUAAAUUGUACACACAGUUUUGUGUUGUGAUUUUUUUUUUUAAACUCUGCAUCCUCUGUCACAAAUCCUAUUUAAGUUUGUUCAUCACACUGAGUUUGUCUACUUUCAACAGGGUUAUUUUUUAUUUUAUUUUUUUUGUGUCUGUUAUAUUUUGCUUGUAGGUUUGUUAGCGUCAUGUAGAUAACACCCAACUUUAUUAACAUAUAGGCCAUGCCACAUUAACCUAAUUGUUGUAUUAGAAAAAGAACAUAUUUAAAUAUGGCUGCUUAUUGCUCCUAAUAAUAAUAAUAAUAAAUGUAUUGUACAGACAGAA